AUCGCACUCGCCGUCAGACCGCCGCUGCCGCUCUCCGUCUGCUCCGAACACGACUCCGUGAUCGCCACGCAUCCCAUGCUCCUAUAACCUGUUUCCAUACCCUCUGAGCGUCGCUCGCGUCGUGUAAUCGCCUUGUGGUCGAGCGCUUGACCACCGAGGCUCUCUGCUGCACGCUUCACCGCGCCAUCGUCGACGUGCAGCCCUCUACUCGUGCGGCCGCACGCAAGAGCCAUGAAUCAGCAGGUCAACAUGGUGGGUAUGAACGCCGCCGGCGGUCCGGUGGGCGGCACGCCUACGAUGAACAACCGUCGCAACCAGCCAAUGGACGAAGCUAACAAGCAGCUGAACACCUAUAUCUACGAAUACCUUCUCAAGAACAGCCAUUACCAGACCGCCAGGCUUUUCAAGGACGAGGCCCCAGUUAAGUUGAAGUCCGGCCAGAAGGGAAACCCGAACGGUCGGGCUACGAACGGCGUGGAUUCUAUGGACACAGACUCGAAGGCGAAUGGCCUUCAAGGCCGCCCGGACGAUCUGGAACUGCCGGAUGUGCCCGAAAACCAAUCGACCGACAACUCAUUUUUAUUAGACUGGUGGUAUCAGUUUUGGGAGCUGUUCGGCGCCGCGCGGGGGCGUGGAGGCACGUCGUCCGCUCACGCGUAUCUAAACCACACAAGAGCAGCUGCGCAACUGCGCAACGAUCAGCAGAGGUCGCAGCUCAUGGCCAACUCUAUGAACUCUAUGCAAUAUCGGAACAUGAUGCAGCAAAUGCCCAACGGUAUGGGAGUCCCCAACGACUUGCAAAGGAAGGCCAUGCAGAACAAUCGGAAUCCGCAGCAACUCCAGCAGAUGCAGCAGAACAUGAAGAAUCAGCAAGCCCUCAUGUCUGCGCAAAUGUCGCGGGAUGGCUCUGGCAUGGACAUAGGCCAGCGCCCUCAGUCGCCAGGCUCCGCCAACAAUGCGCCGUCGCCAAACAAGCGACCGCGACUUGAGGGGAACGGCUUUAACGGCCAACCCAUGGGCGGGGCCCGGAGUCAGGGAAUGGUGCCACAGCCCAUGGGGGCUACGUCGACCGCAGCGAAUGCUCACCAGAUGAUGGCUACGAAUGGCCUGAAUCCUGGUGACAUGUCUGGUCAGUUCGAGUUUGCAUCGCAGGCGCAGAACGCGCAGCAGAAGUCAUUAGAGGUAUAUACCCAGAGUCUGGCCCACCAACAGAGAACAGCCUUUAACCAUACAAUGGCGAAGGGAAUAAACCCCAGCAUAGCGCAAGGCUCUCCUAUGGGACAGGGCGGCUUGGAGGGAUCCCAAGACCUCUUCAACAGCACACCUCGAAUGCCCGGCGGCGCUCCCGGCCAACCACAAGGGAACCACGCUCUCCAGGACUACCAGAUGCAGCUCAUGCUGCUGGAGCAGCAGAACAAGAAGCGCCUGAUGAUGGCUCGCCAAGAGCAAGACAACAUGGCCCAAGGUCCUCAUGGCCAACCGCCGGUCAACGCCCAAGGAUUUGCCCCAUCCAUGUCGCCUUCAGGCAGUCGAGCCGGACCAUCGCCAAAUCCUAACGACCAAAUGAGGAAACAGACGCCCAAGAUGGGCCCGCAAGGUCUCCCUGGGUCUCCUAUGGCUGCCGACAUGCAGCAGAACCGGAACUCCCCUGGUCCCAAUGGUUUCGAUCCCAGCCAGAUGCCGCCUGGAAUGCCGCCGCAGUACUAUCAGCAAAUGCCAAAUAACGCUAUGAUGAGGCCACCUAGCUCCCACCCGCAAUUCAACAACGGCCAAUACACUCCACAGCAAAUGGAGACCAUUGCACGCAACGGUGGCCGGAUUCCAAAUGGGGGUAAUUGGCCACAAGGCCCUCAACUAAUGCCAAACCAAGGCCAACAACCAGGACCAAUGGGCACACCCCAACAGAGGAAUUCUGCCAUGCCACCUCCGCCUGCACCUCCGACUGGUGAGCCUGCAAGGACACAGCCUUCAUCACCAGCACAACCCCCCGCCCCUCCGACGCCUUCCCAAGGCACGAAGGCGAACACAAGGAAGAAGGAUAACAAGGAAACGAAGAAGAAGCCUACGAAGAAGAACACGGGGAAUGCUGCAACCGCACCUGCUACAGAGGGAGAUACCGCUCCAACGCCCACGCCGUCGACUCCAAUUAACCCAAUGAAUGCGAACUCAUUCAACCCCAACCAGAAAAAUGGGCAACAGGGCAAUGUACAAUCGCAACAGUCCGUUGCGGCCCCUGCGCCUCAAGUACAGCAACCUCCCAUGGACAAUCCUGGCGCUCCGUUCGGAAAUCUUGGCGAAGAGUUUAAUGGCCUCGACUUCCCAACAGUCGAUGGACCUGAUGUCCUCGAAAAUUUCGACUUCGACUCGUUCCUUCACACAGAAGACACGGGUGCCUUUGGGCCUUUGGGAGGCGAUUUCAACUUUGGUCUCGACGGCGUAGAAGCGGGAGGCGAUCUAUGACAAUCAUAGCUGCCUUUCGUGCUUUCGACGUCUUACCUCAAUCCUCCCCUCUCUGCACCCUCUCUGUAGCUUUCUCCACGGCAAAGUCUCCCGUUUGUCAUCCAGUUGGAUGCAAUAGUCGACAUUGGCGCCGCCUAAGGAUUGGCGUCUUGGAGUCGGCUUAAUGUUUUCUCACCCCGCGGGUUCGUACAUUGAUGUUCUUGCCCGGAACCUAAUAAAGUAUACCAUGUGCG